GUAAACUCCGUAGCAUUAAUAGUUUUUUUUAUCAGUGUAAUUUAACGUCGUUCCCAAUCUGCGCGAUUUUCUUGAGACAAAAAAAAUCGCAUUUUCCAGUGAAAAUACAUUUUAGGAAGUUCUCUGGAGGGAUUCUGGGAUAAAUUCACAUCACCUGGGUGCCAAUAGACCAAUUGAGGGGGUUUCUGGAGCAGGACAUUGCGUGCCGGAGGAGAAAACAUCUUGACAAGAAGUGCUGGACGUGGUGGGGGAAAGACCGCGACUGGGGGAGUGAUAAGUGGCACGUCCGCGUUUUCUUGAAUUUUAACCAUUUUUCACGCCAGAAUUCGGUGAAGCUCCAGUGACUGCGGAUAGUCUCUCUUUGGACGACGGCUAAAUCAUCCGAUUGGGGGCUUUUAUUGGUGUCACAUCACCAAGAAGAGUGUCGCGCUUUGUGUGUUGUUUGAUAAGUUUUGUGUGCGGAGGGAGCGGCAGAACGGAAGGCUUUGUGUGGCUCAUUUUUGGGGGGAUCUGGUGAAAGGAAGAAGAUGUUUUCUGUUCUGAGAAACCCGUUUGUUCAGAAUUUAAUUAAGCCAAAGCUACGUGGAGAUCAUCUAGCGCAUCUGCGGUGCAUCACCACCAGCAGUGAGGUCAACAAUUCGGAUUAUCUCAAGAAGAAUGAUGCUCCCGAGAAGGCGACUGAGGGCAGAGCCAGGAAAGCAACAAGAACACUCUCCACCAUUCAGUACUCCCCCGCCUUGUCUAAAGAUAAAAGCCGAGAGUUUAUGUCGUACUUUCCAGAUAUUGUGAGAGAAUUAAAAGACAAAGCAAAACAAUUUGACUACCGGGAAGAUGGAAAACAUUUUGCACGUGUUUUGCAGUACAAUGCGCAAGGUGGAAAGAAGAAUCGUGGCGUCACGACGGCUCAAACGUUCGAACUGAUUGCCGCAAAGUCAGAUUUAACUGAAGAAAAUAGAAGAUUGGCCAUUUAUUUGGGAUGGUGUGUGGAGUUGUUGCAGGCACUUUUCCUCCUUAUGGACGACAUAAUGGACGGGAGCACCACACGAAGGGGUCAACUUUGCUGGUACAAACAAGAAGACGUCCAGCUGUCGGCUGUCAAUGAUGGCCUUAUGAUUGAAGCUGGUAUUUAUCAGAUUCUCAAGAAGCACUUUAGUCACUUGGAUUGCUACGUGAAGCUGCUUGAGCUCUUUCACGAGAUGACCUUCAUUACGACAAUGGGGCAACAUUUGGACACAAGAUCAGCCAAUGUGGAUAUUUUGAAUUUCACAAUGGAGCUGUACAAGACGAUUGUGCUGAAUAAAACAGCGUGGUAUUCCUUCUAUAUGCCCGUGGCGGCUGCAAUGCACCUAGCUGGGUACAAGGAUGACGAGGCCUUCCGCCAGGCAAGGACAAUUCUCCUCGAAAUUGGAUAUUUCUUCCAAAUUCAGGAUGAUUUCCUCGAUUGCUAUGGGGAUCCCGAGCACACGGGGAAGAUUGGAACGGACAUCCAAGAUGGGAAAUGUACGUGGUUGGCGGUGGUCUUCUUGCAGCGUGCAACAGCAGCCCAGAAGGCACUCCUGAAGGAAUCCUACGGGAAGAAUGACGCAGAGUCCGUGGAGCGUGUUAAGAAGCUCUACGAUGAGGUAUCCCUGCCGAAUACCUACCAAAUCUACGAGGAGGAUUCGUACAACAUGAUCAAGACGCACAUUCAGCAAACAUCGCGUGGAAUUCCCGUGGAAGUUUAUCUAAAAUUGAUGGAUAAACUCUACAGGAGAACAGCCUAAUAAAAUGAUGGGAUAAUAACUUCCAAAGGAAUUGCAAAUUACAUUGGAGGGGUAAAGGGGGGGCUAAAUGGUUAAAUUUUCUUUUCUUCAAAGUCAUAGUUUUCUCAAUUUUUGGGAUAAAAGUUCACUUAAAGUUUAUAUUGAUAGAGAGUAUAUAGGUAGGGAGAUAUUUUAUAUGUAUACCUCCAAAAACAUAACAAUUUGGAGGAAAAAAUAAAACUUAGAGAGCUAAUUUUGUAAAGAAAUCCUGUAAUAAGGACUUUUUACUCAAUAAAUGAUUUUUGUACUUUAAAA